AUAUUGGGACGGAUCUGUCCUCCUUAGUCGUUGCUAGCUGUUAUAUAUACAUAUCGCUUUCUCCUGGUACAAUACCCUGUCGCUGCUACCGGGCUUAUAUAGGUCAUUCAGAUUUGCACCCAAGCCAGAUCAUGUCUUGUCCAAAAGAAGCGAUUCGGCAAACACCGAACGUAGGCAAUUCCAUCCAGAUGUUGUCGCGGGGUUGACGAGUUUCUUCCACCAAAGUCUCUCUUGCUCUCUAGGUGUUGUCGCGUUUACAUACAACGCGUGACACUCUCAAAUCCCCAACCAUGUCGCUAAAGUCGAUGCGAACUAUCGCGAGAUCUUUUGCCACCGCAGCCCCAUCCACUUCUGCAUCUAAAUACCCAUUCUCUAAAGCAGCUAUAAUCCCACCCGUCACACCACCAGCUGACCCAACGCGCCUUCGUAAAGGCAAGGGACUUAUGGAAUAUGUUCGCAAAACUCUUCCACCUCCCAAUAAACAAGCAAUGCUUGAAACCUACUUCGGAAAGCGUUCUCCACAGAGAAUGCUUCCCGGUUCAGUGGUAGCUGUCAAACUCAACCACGCACCGACUACUUUUGCUGGUGUAGUGAUUAGCAUUCGACGACGCGGUCCCGACACUUCUUUUGUGCUUCGCAAUGUCAUGAACAGGGUCGGAGUAGAGACUCAGUUCUAUGUCAAUUCUCCACAUGUGAAGAACAUCCAGGUGGUACAGAGGGCAAGUGGAGGACAGGGCGCGAGGGAGAGUAGGCGAUCACGCAGGGCCAAGUUGUUCUACUUGAGGGAUUCGCCGGAGAAGAUGACGGCGAUUUCUGCUGGUGUCAAAGCUUGAUGGAGGUGAGUUUCCACCGUUUUUGUUGUCUGCAUCCAUUUGACUGAGUUCUCUCUUAGUCUUCCAUGUAGUCAGCAUGUGAUCGUAUCAUCGGAAAUUGGAUGUGGAUAUGGUUCGUUAGCCAUCCUGUGUCCCGAGUCAGUCGGCUGUUGCGGCGUCCGUAUCCCGCAGUAAACCAUAGCAAAGACGGCGUGCGGCUUAAUCUCAGGCUUGACAUAUGCCGAGUGGACAACAAACUCCUUUGCUCUCACAACGAUGUGACCCCGUUUGUUGUGUUUGUGCUAUCUCUUGGUGCAUGAUGUUCCACUCUCACAGCUAAUAAUACAAAGUGCCACAGCACCCUGAAUUCGAGCAGCUAUUAUUGCCAAGAGAAGAAUGAGAACUCCGUUUUCGGGGGAGACUCGUGCUACACGGUUCCGUCACUUUUUGCAUAACAGGUAUAGUUGGUGUCUCAAAUGAAAUUCGUCUGAAAGG